UCGACACAGUGACCUAAGUUGACUCCAUUCUUCCACAGAUAAACACUACACCAGCAGAUUAAACACCGUGGGCUUUAGUGCAGUGCUGCUGUGUGUUUAUCAGUCCAGGACGUGAGCCCUAGCGUUCAGGGCGGAUCUGAACGCUCAAAUAAUAAAUAGCACUUGGCAGGUGGACAACAGAGUCACAGGAUCAGAGUCCAACAGUGUUAAGCUGAACACUGCAGCAAAAGCAACAGCAGCUACACUUUCUUCACCACUCGGAUCUGCAGAAGGAAUCAUGCAGGCUUUAAGAGGCUCCUCUGGUUUAUUCAGAGCUACUCUGAGACAGCACUUAACACAGAGAGCCAACAUUUCAGCAAAACCGGCUAAACAUGUCGUGAGCACAGGGGAGCAUGUGAUCGCCAUGAUCACCAUGUUCGUGACCAUCCUCAUGCCCUCGGGGUGGAUCCUCUCCAACCUGGAGAACUACAAGAAACGGCCCUGAGCUCCUGAACACGGCGUCGCUCGUCUCGUCUGCGUUCCUCCUCACAAAACCAUCGAAGCUUUGAUUAAUAAAAUGUAACCACACUGUG